AUGUCUUCAAAUGACUCUUCAUUAAUCACAACAACACCCACAACAUGGGAACCCAGUGGGAGUAUGUUGGAAAGCAAUUGGGGAGAAGCUCGAAUUGGAGUGAUCGUUGUUUUGGGAUUGAUCUUCGCCCUGUUGACAACCGUCGGAAAUUUGAUGGUGAUGGUUUCCUUCAAAAUCGAUCGUCAACUCCAAACGAUCAGCAAUUAUUUUCUCUUCAGUUUGGCCGUCGCUGAUAUCACGAUUGGAAUGAUCUCGAUUCCUUUGUACACAUAUUACACAGCGAAUCGAUCCUGGGGAAUGGGAUAUGCCAUGUGUCAAUUUUGGUUAUGUGUCGAUUAUUUGAUGUCAAACGCGUCGGUGCUGAAUCUGUUGCUCAUUUCAUUCGAUCGUUAUUUCUCUGUCACCCGGCCACUCACAUAUCGACCGAGGAGAACAACGAAAAAAGCGUUGACAAUGAUCGCUUGUACAUAUAUCAUUUCAUUGAUACUCUGGCCACCGUGGAUUAUUUCAUGGCCAUAUAUUGAGGGUGAGAAAUUGAACCUCAAAAAGGGCACUUGUGCCGUUUUAUUCCUCGAGACGAAUCCCUAUGUUACGGUGGGUACAGCGAUUGCCGCUUUUUACCUUCCCGUCUCCAUAAUGAUCAUUCUCUAUUCGCGUGUCUAUUGUGAAACGAAAAAACGACAAAAGGAAUUCUCGAAACUUCAAGCGAUACAGCAUCGUUCGAUUCGCCGAGAUCUCCACACAACGCCAUCAUCGAAUUCGCUGGUGAAAUCGAGUACUGGAGGUGGUGCGGGAGGCACGGGGAAUCAGGGAACGAAUUCCCGAAAAACUACCGAAUGGAGUAUAGCUGGAGCUGCUGGGAAAGCAAGACGAUUGAAUUGGAUUCGUGCUUGUACUGGCAAAAGCGCUCAAUCAUCCGAGGAUUCAUCGGAGGUGGUAGCCGUUGUGGAUGAUCAAACGAGUGUCACCUCGUCGUUUUAUCAAAAACGAAAAGGAAGCGCUCCGCAUAGCACUGUUGUUGAGGACAGCACCUCAAUUGGUACAGGAUCGCCGAGAAAUGGAAGUCGAUAUCGGACGAGGAAUGCACAAACUGAUCGACCACAGGUUGACACGUACACGGUGUUGAUCGAGUUGAAAGAUGAGGGCACUCGUCCAUCCGUCCGUCUCUCCUCGUGUGAUUCCGGGGCCUACGAUGAGGUUUCUUGUACUCGAAACUCGUCGCAUCGUGGCCGAUCAAAGAGUGAAGUCGAGGCGACACUUGGGGAAAAUGAAAAGAAAUUAUCCGCUAUUAAAGAAAACUCUCCAGCGCCCACUCGAAACGGAAAAGCGACGCUGAGCACAAAAACAAAAGAACAAGAACAAAGGAAAAGUGAAAAAGAACGCAAGAAAAACGAGCGAAAACAGGAGAGCAAAGCGGCGAAAACAUUGUCAGCGAUUCUUUUCGCUUUCAUCGUUACCUGGACCCCGUAUAAUGUGAUCGUCUGCUGGGAGGCUUUCUUCCCGCGAACGGUGCCCAUUUUUCUCUAUGAUUUGGCUUACUGUUUAUGUUACAUCAAUUCGACGAUAAAUCCCCUGUGCUAUGCUCUUUGCAAUGCUCGUUUUCGUCACACCUAUAUGCGCAUUUUGCGAUGUCGCUUCAAACAGGAUCGUCCGAAUAUGAAUCGAAAUGCUUUUAUUAGGAGAAAU